GUUUUGACUAUUAAACAAUGUUAAAUCUUGUUUUUUUCUUUUUUAAGGUCGUCGGAACACCGUGUGCAUUUUAGAGAGAAAAAAAGUGAUGACAGUUUGGGAAAUGUUCACAUGCAUCUUCUUAAACCGGAGCAAACGUUUACUCCGCAAUGCUAAUGUGAAUAUUGGGCGCACGUGUCCAUUUAAUAGAAACCUACAAACUAAUGUAGCGGAGCUGCACUUUUCCAGUGCAAUAGACAGAGAGCAAUUAAUUUGUUCUCCCUCCAUCUGAUCAGAUGGAAAUCCUGUCCUCGAGCACCAGGAUUACAACUUCCGCUUUAACAUCUCCCUUAAUUACCUAAUAGCAUUGCAGCGUGAAUUCUGCCUACAUUAAGACACUUUCACAUUAACCGGACUGAUUGGAAAUGUGAUGACAACACCGUAUCAACAAAUUAUAGCGCAGUGCUUUCUUUCGCAAAUGGGCACAGGAGCGGCACUUGUACUCUCCCAGAUUUUAAUACCGACAAUUACAGCCAAUUUGGGCAGAAUUACUAGACAGACCUGCAACAGUAGAAUCCUCCUGCGACACGGACUACACGGCUUCAAUGAACGGAGAGAUCAGAACUUACCAGAGCCAAUUAAGUUUCAAGAUAAAAAAAAAUUCAAAGACGCCGUGCCAAAAGCAUGGACGCCCAUUGUACAACUAUAGGGAAUAAUCCAUACCUAAAUAUAAGCAAAAUAGUAUGUAAAACGCCAGAGUAAUGCCACGAGAGAUACAAUUUAGAUUAAGAGUAAAAUACACACAACAUAAUGUAGAUUUAAUCCGGUUGUUUUACCAGCCAUGUGUAAUAAUGCUAUAAUACGUCUGAUAAAUGAACUUGUUUUCCACAUAUCUAAGCAUGUACUUUUAGGAUAGAUUCACCUUUAACUCACGUUUGCAAAAAGUUGAACUGUGGGCACGUUUUCAGCAGUGCAGGAACAAUUUUGAUCAGUUUACUGAAUUUCAGCCAUUAAAUGAAAAGUAGAUGUUUGUUACAAUAAAGUAUAAGAACGACACCACGGAACAGCCAACAAGCGGGUUAUCAGCAUAUGCCGAGCGCCAACAACUAAACUCUUCCAUCCUGAGCAUACUGAACAUACUGCGGAUUCCGGAGUAGCUCAUCUCAUUUGUAUUCAUAUAUUUUUCAGGAGAUGUAGAAAUGCUGCUGCAAGAAAGCGUGUGUUUCUGAACCGGUUUCCUUUGUUUAUUCCGUCCGACUGCACCCCGAAACAGAUUUUUUUUAAUUGAGAAAAUGGUGAAACUAUAUUCAUAACUACAACCGAGAUAAACGAAAAAUCUAUGUGUAGAGCAUUUUAGAAAAUGCGGACUAUACAUUUUCCAAAUUCCCAUCAAAAUAAUUGCUCAAAGUCCAAACCAAUAAUACAUAAAUAAAAUAUUCACCAUACACACACUCGAAAAGGGAUAGCAAGUAGCUGUAACUCCUUUUUAUCCAUGGUCAAGAUUUAGUACACCUUUUGUUCGUAUGCUCAAUAAAGACGAAUUCUUCCGCUAGGCCAUGUAAGCUGCAAACCUUGCGAAAAAAACAGCACAGUUGCUAGGCAACCGCAUAAGCGCCGCUACGAUUGAUUCUCGGGUGGAUUUUUUAGUUGCUAUUCAAAUGAACUGUGAUGCUGAGGUCACAGGUGCGCUGCAUUUCUGGACUCUUGUUUGAUUUUUUCAGCUCCGGACAUGUAUCAGCCAAUCAGAACGAAGAACGGGUCCCUCCGCCCAUUCACAACUCCAAUUGGCUGAUGCGUAAAUCAAUUUCCCCAAUCCGCUAUCUGUCUGAAUAAAUGCUAGUUGGAAGUGUGCCCUCCCACUGAUCUCUCCGUGAUGCUCAGCGUACUGCCGUCCACUGGUCACACAGAGUGCAUUUAAGCCUGGCGACUUGUGGAGAGGAGGCAGAUGCUGAAGCAGGUUUGAAGGCACGGACAUAACAAACCCAAACUAGAAUCAUGAGCAUGAACUACGCGUCUGCGGUGCCGACGCAGAGGUCAACGUCGUUUUUCAUUGAGGACAUCUUAUUGCACAAACCCAAACCUCUGAGAGAGGUCAUACCCUCGCCGUUCUGCAGCUCCCUUGCCUCCCGGAUGCCGAUCCUGGAGUAUGGGUACCCGCUGAUGCCCACCCCGAUCUUGGCGCCACAUCCGCACCUUCCUCUCCAUAAGCCAGAGCACCACCAGUACUUCUUCACUUCUGGCAUGCAGAUGCCGGCCCUGUUCCAGCACCACGCCGAGUUACCAGGAAAGCACUGCCGACGCCGGAAAGCCAGGACGGUUUUCUCCGACUCGCAGCUGUCUGGUCUGGAGAAGAGGUUCGAAAUCCAACGGUACCUGUCCACGCCGGAAAGAGUGGAGCUGGCCACGGCGCUCAGCCUAUCCGAGACACAGGUAAAAACGUGGUUCCAGAACCGGCGGAUGAAGCACAAGAAGCAGCUGAGGAAAGCGCAGGACGAUCGGAAGACGCCCGGAGAGCUGGACCGAUCCGCAGACAACUCUAGCGAGAGUGAACUGAACGAGAAGAGCGCGGAGGAGCUGCGGCUUGGACUGGAGCCCGGCUCAUACCUGCUGGAGGAGAACGACGACGAUGUGGACAUUGAGGACGACAUUUGCUCCCCGGAACAUCUACUAUAGUAGGCUGCUGAGUUGUUUCAUCGCAGCUCCAUCCGCAAUGUAAAUGCACUGUAUAUAAAGUUGGCCUCUUUCCCUUUCCAUUACACAGCUAUACUGUUUUAAAAACAAAAAGGGGACGAGGCUUUACAAUACAAUGUUAAUAUUUAUUCAAACAUAAAAAGUGGGCCUAUUAAUUUUCUCCUCGAUGAGAGUUUUGGUGUUGUUACUUCUGACAAAACACGCGUUUAUUAUGGCAAUUAGUAUUAGAUAAAUAUUAUGACUAAAAUCUAGACUUUGAUUUUGACAUGUCAUCUAGCUCUGUCUUUUUAUUUUUGGACAGAAAAUCUGUACAGAUGCUUAUAAAUAAGCCAAAGGAACCGCUACUUGCUUUGUGACAUAGACGCGUCAUACCCCAUUCCUUUGCACAUAUAGUUUUUCUUUUUGUUGGUGUAUUGUUAUAUAUUAUUUGCCGUUUGUACAUAUUUUUGAAAGUUUUUUAAAUUAGUUUUUGGUCAAAAACACUUGAGUGACUGGCGUUUAUAUUUGUCUGUAUACAUAUAUAUAUCUAGUAUAUAAAUUAAUGGGUUAUUCUGUCAUCCUUUAUUUUUUUUAAAGCGGAUUUGUGUUCGUCGUUUACAUUUUUAUAUUUCAAACAUAUUUGGGGAAGAAAAUAAUAACCACAUAAUACUGAAUGGAUCAUUUAUGCAACUAAUAUGCAGUGCUAUUAUUUUAGCUACGCGCGGUCGGCUCGGCUCCUUUCAGCGCUGCAUUGAGAAAGGAGUCUCCACAGCAUGGAGCUCCGUUUUGCUUCCUGCUCGCUGGUCUGGAGCCCGCUGCGCUUUAACCCCGCUAACAGGGACGCAAAACACAGACAGCAAGACAUCACAUAAUGUCUAUAAUAACACAUAAGUCGUCGACUUCGAUCAAGAAAAGCAUUUAUAUCAGUCCAAGGAUGGAAAUAUACAUAAUCGGACAUAAUGGUUCAUUACUUCAAAUGAAAAUAAUGAUGGUGUCGCAACUAUGUUGAACGCGUCUGAUUAUGUCAGCAAUUCUGCUGGUCUUUGAAAAUUCUUCAGAAGUAUAGUGCUUAGAAAUCCAGUAACCUUAUUUUUGUUCAUAAAUAUAUUUUUGUCGUUUACUUUUAGCUAAUAUCAACACCGUUAGUAGUUUAAUAUGAUGUGUUUGACCUAAAAACUAUUAAUUUUGCACGAAUUAAUUUGCAAAAAAUGCGGUAUAGUUCAAGACAGUUAAUGUAUUUCUUGUGCAGCCAUUCAUCUGUUUGUUCACUGCAGAAUGUGCACAUGGAAAUAUCUUGUAUUUGAACUUUAUCAUGAACUUAUUAUUUCUAUCAGAAGCUCCGUUUUGAGGUGGAAAAUAUACUUUUUUCGUUGUAUUAUUCUUUAAAAAAAAGGGGGUACAAAUUGUACAGAUUCCAUAAAAGUAGCUGUACAUUGUGUCAUUUUACUGUAAAUACAUUCCAAAGAUUUUUGAUGUGUGCAAUCUGGUAACAUGAUUUUAUGAUUUGGAGAUUGGAUUUCCUUUAACAGUGUGUGUAAUAAGCUAUAUGGUGGACGCUUUUGCACCAUUUCAGGGUUAUUUUAUUUAUUCACUUGUAUAUCAACAUAAAAUCUACUUUGCCACAUUUGCAUGUAUUCAUUAGUUUUAACAUUGCCACAUUGCACAAUAACAACUGUUCCUCUCUGGUCCUUCA